CUUUUAUUGCAUGCAGAGACACGUAGGAUGUAUGUACGCAAUUACAUAAGUUGUAGUUGUUUUUUGAAAAAUUUGUAUUUAAUCAGGCAGUUUGGGGUCGUUGAGCCCACGCGUAAUGUUCGUAAGCUCAUUGUAUGUACAGAUCACUGCUCUAAAAUUAGAUGAUCGCUUCGCGAAAAAUCUCUGACCAACAUCACACGCGCCACACUGUUUCAUUUUAAAAUCCAAUAUCCGAUAUUUCUGCCAGAAAUACACUCUGCCGUCUCGUCUCGUACAUACAGAAUGGAAGCUUCCUCUCAAAUACAUUUUUGUUUUCAUAAACCUUCGAUUUGUGACCUUCGGGUCUUCUUAGUUUAAAUAUACAUAGUUUUAUUGUAGGACUCUCUGUUUGCAUAAGGGAAUUUAUGAUUGGUUCGGAUAGACGACAUAUUAUUAUGCAAAGUAUUAAUUAUUUUUUCAAAAGCGGACAACUAAAAAGGAACUCUCACUAAGAUAACAACAGGCACACUUAAAACAUUCGUAGAUAAACCGUAGCAGAUAUAAGAGUGUUCGCUAAAGCACGUGGAUUGUAAUGUGACAGGGUGGCGGUAGGUACUUGAAACAUAGGCAACCAAAUGUACGUGUAACCUUUAACCAAUGAAAUCUCAAAACGCGUUCAAAAACAAGCCUUCAACGGUUACUGGAAGCACAACGUUUACCCAUGGAUGUUUAUUGUUAAUAUAUCGAAGUAAUUCGAGAAGUGCAUCAAGUUUAUAAACAAUACGAUAAAAAAAGCAAAUAUGGCUACACCGAACCGCCGUAAGAGGAUUACUUUAAACUCGACUGCGCUAAACUCUUCAAUGGAGUACCUGAAACCAAUGGAUGAUGAAGCACAGCGAAGAGAACGAAGGAGCAUUGUUAAUAUACAGAAGAAGAUGAACAGCUUUAAUGCAUCAAAUGCUGAUGCCUCUGUAUCAUCAAUUGGUGAUGAGGAAAUCGAAAAUCAUUUUGAUGUCUGUCUUAAAAUGUAUGCUGAAAAUAAAAUAAACAUAAAAAAUGCUUGGCAACUAAGGGUUAUAGAAUACAUGAAGACCAUGGUAAAAUCUACGAGAUUUGGGAAGGAUUCCCUGAAAGUGGCAAGCAGCUCUUUGGAUGUGAGCGCCAAAGUGUAUGGUAUUAGGGUAGAUGAUAUAUACACAGAAGGGUUUAAAUUGGCUUCUCAGAUGUCUCAAAAUGCAAAGAAAAAUGAUGACGCUGGUGAUCUUGGUGAUGAUGGUGGUCCCAGCGAAACGGGGGAGGAAGUUCCAGCCCAGAAAGUAAAGAAAAAGAAGAAGAUGGGUUUGAACAAAGGCGCGAAGCAUUGCGUGGCUAAAGAUAUUAACACCUUGGUGGGAAAUGUGCAGAAAGGAGAAACGCCUCUUUUCUUAACGCAGACGAACGCAAAAUUAAGUGCCGUCGAUAAUUAUUUUACAGCUCGGUUGAAUAAAGAACGAUGUGGAACGAAAUUUGCACUAAUUGGAAAAGCCAAUGAUUUUGUCAAUUGUGAUGACACAGAUGAAAUCAUGAAUAUAAAUAUGAAAUUACUUGGUGAUAAUCAGAACGUUACAGUUGAUAUAUGUCCGUGCUUUCGUGAUUUUGCUCUUGAUGUAUGGGAUCCCGAGAACGAUGAAUUCUCUAUCAACAAAACUAUGGAUGAUUUGCUAUUGGACGGAAAUGGUUUGCCUAUACCUGAGCUCGAUGGUUCUAUAAGAGACAUAUUUGAACCUGCAGAUGAUCUAGUUAGUUCCGGUGAGGAAGAGGAAAACCCUGAAGCGCAGCUUGCGAUUAGAGGCGAAGUUGCCAGUAUUGUAGACAUGAGGCCUGUAGAUCAAAGUUCUUACGAUACAAAUGACUAUCUCUAUCAAAGCCUCGAGAUGCCCGGUCGGAAAAUGCUAUCUCAAAUAUGGGCAGGUCCCAGUCAUUGGAAACUGAAACACAUCAGGCAAAGGCCAUCGUUGAGGUUUUCCGGAGUUUCAGAAAAAGCCGCAGGAGUUCCUCAGCAGAAAAAGCGAACGAAAAAGGAUAUUGCACCGUUAGUGUUCAAUGAAGACCUUUUGCCGCAAGUUGACUUUCAAAAAAAAGUGGUGAAGAGGAAAUUGCGCAUCAACGAUCCGGAAAAAGUCCAAACCCCUAUCAAUUAUAUACCAGACAUGAUGAAACACCUCUGCAGUUUCAUGAUGAAACCUUUCGUCGCGGAUUUCGGAAAGUUCAAGAAAACCCAACCUGCCAAUGAUGACUACGAAGUUGGCCCAUACAAUUAUGGCAAUCCCAAUGACUCGCAGUAUUGUCCAAAGAGUAUGGAGGAGAACGCGGACGACUGUCCAGCCGAUAUGGAUGUGAUGGACAACGAUUGCGGUGGUGGUUUCGAGGAGGAAGAGGAAAUCGAGGCUCAGAACCAGCAGUUCAUCGGGGAGAAUCUGAUAGAUAUGCCUGAAAUGGUGCAGAAUAUAAAAAUAAAUUAUGCAACGCAUUCGAAGAAGAUCGACAUGAAGAAGCUUAAAGCGAAUGUGUGGAAGGUGCUGAUUAAGGAUAAAUCUAAUGAGCAGAUUAUCACGGAGGAUAUGGCUGCAAAGGAGGCGCAUAACAUUAAUUUCUCGGAGAUCUACAAGAAGCUCCCGACCAUGAUACCAAAGAAGAUGGAAGAGGAGCUGAGUUGUCCUUUAGCCUUCUUCGCUUUACUACAUUUGGCAAACGAGCAAAACUUGAAGUUGCUUGGUAGCAGCGAUAUGACUGAUAUUAUGAUAGAACAAGACUACGAUCGUUGACGAUUCAGUUAGUAUUUUUUUAUUAAGUUAUUGAUAUAUUAUUUUUUUAU